AACCUUAGAAAGUUGAAAUACAUAAACAUGUUCCAUCCGUUUGAUUUGGAAUUCAAGAGGCACUGUAAGGAGGGGAAGCUACCAAACUACGUGGUCGUCGAGCAACGAUUCUACGACCUGAAAAUCUUUCCGGGGAACGACGACCACCCGUCUCACGACGUCUUCGAGGGCCAGAAGUUCAUAAAGGAAGUCUAUGAAGCAUUAAGAGCCAGUCCCCAAUGGAAUGAAAUGUUGUUCAUAAUCAUAUAUGAUGAGCAUGGUGGGUUCUUUGAUCAUGUCCCGACUCCAGUCACCGGAGUUCCUAGUCCCGACGGUAUUGUGGGGCCGGAGCCAUAUAAUUUUCAGUUUGAUCGGUUAGGGGUUAGGGUUCCGGCCAUCAUUAUCUCUCCAUGGAUUGAGAAAGGAACAGUGUUACAUGGACCUUCGGGGCCAUACCCUACAUCAGAAUUUGAACAUUCCUCAAUUCCUGCAACUGUAAAGAAGAUCUUCAAUUUGCCAGAGUUUUUAACAAAGCGUGAUGCAUGGGCUGGCACUUUUGAGGAUGUGUUGAGUAGAAAUAGCCCAAGAACAGACUGUCCAGCAACAUUGCCGGAACCUGUGAAAUUCCGGGAAGCCGAGGCGGACGGAAACAGUAAGCUGAGUGAAUUUCAAGGAGAGAUGAUACAAAUGGCUGCAACAUUGUGUGGAGACCAUAGGAAGGACAUUUACCCACACAAACUGGUGGAGAACAUGACUGUUUCUGAGGCUGUUGAGUAUCUUAACAAUGCAUUCAAGAAAUUCACAGAUGAAUGCGAGAAAGCUAAGGCAAAUGGUGCAGAUGAGUCAAGCAUUUGUGUUCCAAAAGAUGAUGAACCUGAUCAUGUGCCUCCUCCUGCAAAGUCCAAGUCCAUUGCUUCCAAGUUCUUCUCUUGUCUAGCUUGUGAUCAUCAUUGA